UGUGUUUAUCAUAGAUAGCCAACAUGAAACGGCAGCUUCAAUGAGCGUGUUGCUGCUUGGCUUGCACUAAUAACAAUGAGCCUGGCAACGAUCAGGCAAACGUGAUAUAAGCAGGACCUUUAGUUUGGUGGAAUACAUAAAGGCUUGAUAGCAAAGUUGUCAUGUGGUAGUUUUGUGGAAAGAAAUUUAAGUUAGAUGAGAACAGCCUAAUCACCCUGCUUCAUAUAGUUAGCUGUAUAGCAUUAAAUGCUAGUUCCCACUUGAGUUACUUCAGCACCACUCGCGCAGCUGUCGUUCUAAGAAUACAACAGGCCAGGGCGCAGAACACACCAACUGUCAGGCGCUGUAGGCUGCCAGACAAAGGCCAGCAGUGUAUUUCAGAAUUAUUACCUUGGAUUAUAUUGGCUCAUCACGGGAUUGCUGGGAAGAAGAAGAACAGUACAGAUUGGAACUUUGGAGAGGGAGGAAGCACUCUGAAAAGGUGUUAUUUGAGUCACACGUCACCCUCCAGGAGUUCUUUACCAACCAAAGACAACUUUUCCUCCUAAGAAGACUUCAACACAGGCUGUUGCCGGCCUGCUGCUUAGUCUCCUGCCGCCAUGGCUGACACCGACAUCGAGAUCCUCGAGGACCGAGACAAACUGAAGAGGAGCCUGGUGAAGGUGCUGGAGUGCGUGGCCACGAUCUCGUCCGCGGCCGCCGUGGUGAACCCCAUCUUCGGCGUGGCCGGCGCGCUGAUCCGCGUGGUGCUGCACCACGUCGACGACGAGGAAAUAAAGACGCUGAAGCGCGAGUUCGGCAGCGUGCACCGGUCCCUGGACGAGCUCUCCCACCAGAACCGCAGCGCCCUGCUGCAGAUCAAGAAGGAGACGCUGGACGGCCAGUACUGCCGCGUGGAGGAGAACCUCCGCAACCAGUUCCGCAAGUUCAUGGAGGUGGUGGAGGCGCGACACGGUGAGCACCAGCAGCGCAAGAAGGACGACUUCGAGGAGAGCUACGCCAACGACCUGGGCGACCAGAACCUGCACACGCUCUACGAGGGCGUGAUGGGCAAGCCCAAGCUCUUCAGCCGACCCAUCCUGGAGGUGUAUCUAAAGCACUCGCAGGGCGACCGCCGCGUCAUGGAGCGUCUGUGCACCCGCCUCACCUACCUCUUCUGCAUCGGGCUGAUCGCCCUCAUGGGCUACGCAGCCAUCAUCGGCGACGACGAGGAGGGCCUGAGCGAGGAGUGGGCCGAGAAGAUGGAGAACGUCCAGGAACGCAUGCAGGAUGCGCUGAGGCGGUGCAAGUGAAGUGACCAGGAGGGGGCUGCGCCCAGUUCCCUCUUCCUCAUAUGUUACCAUGCAUUGGACCCUUUUCCCCCACUUAAAGAAGCAUCUCAUCUCUUUUUUCUCCUCUUUGCCUUUUCUUACUGUGUUUUCGCUCUUGUACACAGCAAGCUGGGACUCGAUUCCAAAAGUUCCUUGUGGAGCCUGGGAUUCAAUUCCAAAAGUUCCUUGUGGAGCAGGUUACCCACAGUGCUGUAAAGAGUGUUUCAUGCUGUGAUCCAGACUGCACUUUCUCCCUCACUCACCUUUUGCUUGUGUACUGUUCAGGUCUGAUAUAUAUGUGUUUGUGUUACUCUGCACUUCUAAAACUAUUUUCUACAGUCUUUUCAGUCAAUUCCUGGUAGCUUUGUGAGGGUAAUUCAAACAAACUAGCUCUCGUGUGUCUCUAAUUUAGCAGCAGAUUUGAAAGGCUGUUCAUUGUAUUCUACCAUAAUCUAGCAUCCUAACAUGUAUAAUGGACUCCAAUAGUGUCAUGAAGAAUGUAGCUUGAUAUCCAUGGCUGAUUUGAGACAGGACUAGAACAGGAACUGCAGGAAGACAGACUUCUAGGUGAUGGAACACAAAGAAAUAAAAAGUGCUAAUACCACUGACUGAAUAGCCUCAUGCAAACACUCUAGCUACUGCUAUCGCACCAUAAUACAGUUUCAUGACACUAAGACUUAUGCCAAAUGCUGGUCACUUAUCAUGUACCACACGUUUACCAGAACAAAUUAUUCAGUAUACUAACACUAAUGUAGUAUCACAUUACUUUUUUUUUUUUUUAUUAUCUUAGAACAGAAACAGGAAAUACAUAUAAAUAAGUCAAUCUCUUGGGUUUCGUCCAAAGCCCCAGUAUUCUGAGCUUGACAAGGUCAAGUUCUACUCUCAAAACUGAACAAAACGCUAAAACAGGUUACAACACUACAGUCAGUGGCUAGAACUUCUGGUUUGAAGUUGAACUGACGAAACCCUAUCCCGCUCUGUGCAAACACUAAAGGACAGUUCAGAGACAGCUUAGUUUCCUUCCACCUCCAUUGUUCAAGCACUUCAACGCACACACAUACUGAAGAUUGUGCUGCCAGCAGCACUUUAUGUUCUUUAGGAUAAAAUAUUAUAGCUGAGCGAUGUGAAACAAUGCCUUAACAAAAGACAGUUGAAAUAAAAGGUCAAUGCUCUAUACGUAGGAAUGCAUAGCCCUCUGGUUAAUGCUUUGUUAUAUAAUCAAUUCAGUUUUGUUAUUGUUCAUUUUUCAAUAAAAAAUAAAUAAAAAUGUUCUUUAUGUGUUGAUGCACAUUGUUUUUCCAUUAUAUUUUCAUAUUUUUUAAUUUAGUCAAAUUUUCAUGAAUGAAUGUCAUUGAAGUAUUUUUUUCAUUCCCCUUGAAAUUAUUUUGAUUUAAGAAUGCCUCCAGUGCCUCCUGGGUGUACUACACUUUUCAUGUGUUUCAGAAUUGUCAUUUUGAGCAAAGAAAGCUUUGCUGUAUUGAGUAACGCGAUUACAUAGUUCAUGUUCAAAGUUUGUACAACUGGACAUUACAAGACACUACACAAAUGGGUUCUCUCUCUAUGAUGAUGUUCUCCCUAUACUAUUUGACAUUCAAUUCUCUGUUGCAUAAAGCUCUGAAUAAAGAUAUAUAUAACAAA